AUGUCUCUCCUUCAGUAUACACAAGCAGCACUCGCUUCUCUGCCAGAGCCCGCGCAGGCUCUGCUGCUCAACCCGACGGCGCAAAAGACCGCCGCGGGUCUCGGCGCGUUCAUCUUGGCUCGCGCAACGAAUCGCUUCAUUUCACGAUGCGCGCUUCAAAACUGGACGACGAAUUCGAAGUGGAAUGCUGCUGAGGAAUUGAUCUUGUUGACCGGAGGAACCUCCGGAAUCGGGAAGCAGGUCAUGUUGGAUCUCUCCCAGGCCGGGGUGCGCGUCGUGAUUCUCGAUAUCAAUGAGCCGAACUUUACACUCCCGGCCAAUGUGUCCUUCUACAAAGCGAAUAUCACCAACUCUGCGGACAUCGCCGCAGUGGCAGCUACUAUCCGUGAAAACCACGGUGAUCCCACCGUGCUGGUGAAUAAUGCCGGUGUCGGUCACGAUGGAACCAUCCUCGAAGAGCCAGAGUCGAAGAUCCGCCAGACCUUCGAGGUCAACACCCUGUCUCACUUCUUAAUGGUCAAAGAAUUCUUGCCCGCCAUGGUGAAGGCCAAUCACGGCCAUGUGAUCACCAUUGCCAGUAUGGCCAGUUUCGUGGCGCUGGGCGAGAUGGUUGAUUAUUGUUGUUCCAAGGCAUCGGCCCUUGCCUUCCACGAAGGGUUACGCCAGGAGUUGAAAUACUGGUAUAACGCGCCCAACGUGCGCACCAGUGUCAUUCACCCCAUGUGGGUUCGCACGCCCAUGAUCAAGAUGUUGACCGAUCACGGGUCACACUUCAGACAGCCUAUUAUGACACCCCAAGUGGUCUCCAAUGCUAUCUGCAAGCAGAUCCUCAAACAGCGCAGUGGGCAGAUCAUCCUGCCGAAGACCCAGUCUAUCGCUAGUGUGGUGCGUGCGAUGCCUAUGUGGUUGCAGGAGGGUGUGCGCGCCUUUGCUUCUGGGGCGCUGAGGAAGAUGCGUGUCGCCCAGGCUGCCGAGGAAGCUGCCGCUGCAAAGAAAUGA